GCCGAGUGCGGGGUCUCGGUAAGACUCGUUCGCCUCCGCGCCCUCACCAACGUCGGGGUAACCAUCGCUGCCACCUCCUGAGGAGCAUGGCUAGGCAACCACCGACAGUCUCGAUCCCGUACAUCUGCCUCGUCUUGCCUGGGUCCACCUAUCUCGUAUUAUACUGGUUCUCGACCCGUAACGAAGUCGAACCGCGAUGAGCAAUUGCCAAACCGUCCUGCAUGUUCCGCGCAGAUGGCGAUGAGUCCACAUAUAAGCUGUCAUAGGCGUCGUCGAGACCGUCUUCACCGCUCAGAAUCCGCUUCCAGUCAAUUUCAACCAUCUGCUGUAUUCGUGACGGUUCUGCGUCAUGUCCGCGUUCGACUUUGACUCAUACUCUCGGGAUACAACAUGCCCUUUUGCCCAAUAUGGCCACCUCGCGGAACGGCCCUCGCUCGAUGACAGCUCCGAGCGCACGAACACCCCCACGACGGACUCGUCUUCGACGCUGCUUCGGUCGACUUCCUCUGCGAGCAGCUGCCCCGUAUUCGUGCAGGAGAUCGAUCCAGUACUACUGAAGAACUCCCUGGAGGACCGUGUCGCGUAUCUCACCGACUUCGUCAACUUCAGCUCGCACGACUCCGACGUCAUAACCUCGAUCGCGCCGCAUGUAAAUGCGGUCAUACCAGGCAUGGUGGACGAGUUGUACUCGAAGUUGUUCGAGUUCGACAUCACCAAGAAGGUGUUCAUGACGCGGAACCAGGGUUUCGACGGGCCUCUGCCUGAGAAGCUGGAGGACUUGACACUGGAUAGUGCACAGAUUGUGUUCCGAAAGGUCUUCAUGAAGGCGUGGGCCCGGAGAGUUUUGACGGCCGACUACUCCAAAGGCAAGACGUGGGCCUACAUGGAUAAGGUCGGGAUUAUGCACACCGGUGUUUCGCCGUUCAAACAUCAAAGAGCACUGGGAAUCGCACCCUUGAAUGUACCUUACCGUGACUGCGCAUUGCUCCUCAGUGUGGUGCAAAACGUCCUGCAGACGGCCAUUCUGCGGCUACCGGACGAGACAGCGAGCAUGCAGACGAAGAUAGAUGCUGUCUCAGCGAUCAAUAAGGUCAUCUGGAUUCAAAACGAUCUCUUCGCCCGGCACUACAUCGAUGAAUGAACUGUCAUGCUGGUCCCGACAGCCCCAUGUUUGAACGGAAUUCCGAUGCACUCCCGCUGUUUCGUGUACCCUAUGUCUUAUGUAAGUCAUGUAUCGAUUGUCGCUGUAAUGGUUCAGUGGAAAGAAUGCUGCGCCCGCUGUACUCCGCUGUACCCGAGUGAAUAUUAAGUUACAGUACCCGCGCCCAAUCGGCGGAGGCUUGGUGCCUUCUAUCCCGCGAUCGUACGUUUCCUGAUCUCGAUCGAC